GCGUCCGGCCCGGCGGACUGGGCCACGAGCUGGGACCGCCCCGGGCCGCGCGAUGGGCGCCGAGGCCUCCGGGAGCGGGCAGGCGCUGCGCGAGCUGGUGCGCGAGGCCGAGACCAGCCUGCUCGAGUGCAAGGUGUGCUUCGAGCGGUUCGGCCACCGGCAGCAGCGGCGUCCGCGCAACCUACCCUGCGGCCACGUGGUCUGCCUGGCCUGCGUGGCCGCCCUGGCGCACCCGCGGACGCUGGCCCUCGAGUGCCCCUUCUGCCGGCGGGCCGGCCGUGGCUGCGACACCAGCGACUGCCUGCCGGUGCUGCACCUCCUGGAGCUCCUGGGCUCCUCGCUGCGCCCGGCCCCUGCCGCCCCCCGCGUCGCCCCCUCCGCCCCCGGGGUCCUCACCUGCCACCACGCCUUCGGCGGCUGGGGGACCCUGGUCAACCCCACCGGGCUGGCACUGUGUCCCAAGACGGGGCGGGUCGUGGUCGUGCACGACGGCAGGAGGCGGGUCAAGAUCUUUGACUCCGGGGGAGGAUGCGUGCAUCGGUUUGGAGAGAAGGGAGAUGCUGCUCAGGACAUUAGGUACCCGCUUGACGUCACCGUCACCAACGACUGCCACGUGGUUGUCACCGACGCCGGCGACCGCUCCAUCAAAGUGUUUGACUUUUUUGGCCAGAUCAAGCUUGUCAUUGGAGGCCAGUUCUCCUUGCCUUGGGGUGUGGAGACCACCCCUCAGAAUGGGGUCCUGGUAACUGAUGCGGAGGCGGGGUCCCUGCACCUGCUGGAAGUCGACUUUCCGGAAGGGGUCCUCCGGAGAACUGAACGGUUGCAAGCUCACCUGUCCCAUCCCCGAGGGGUGGCAGUGUCCUGGCUCACCGGGGCCAUUGCGGUCCUAGAGCACCCGGUGGCUGUGGGGACCGGGGCCUGCAGCGGCACAGUGAAGGUGUUCAGUGCGAGCAUGCAGCUUAUCGGCCAGGUGGAUGCCUUUGGACUGAGCCUCUUCUUCCCCUCCAAAAUAACCGUGUCCGCUGUGACCUUUGAUCACCAGGGGAACGUGAUCGUUGCGGAUACCUCUAGUCAGGCUGUCCUAUGCUUGGGAAAACCUGAGGAGUUUCCAGUACUGAAGCCCAUCAUCACCCAUGGCCUUUCCCAUCCUGUGGCACUGACCUUCACCAAGGAGAAUUCUCUUCUUGUGCUGGACAGUGCAGCUCAUUCUAUAAAAGUCUAUAAGGUUGACUGGGGGUGAUGGGGUGUGGUGGGGGUCCUGGGGCCUGGCAUCAGAAGCCCUGGAGCUGCCGCUGUUGAAUUGUUGAACCCUGGAUAAAUUACUCAGUCUCCCCUGUUCAACAGAGAUAAUUAUAACUGCGUGGUGGCCUUACAAAGGUUGGGGCAAUUAUUAAAGAAUAAUAAUUAAA